GCCGUGUUUGACUUCAACUCAAAACAGCGUUAUACUCUCACGGCACACAGCGUACACAGAUUUCAGAAACAGAAACUGAGAUUUGAUUCUUGCACUUUCAUUUUUUUCCAUAAGCAAACUCAAAAGUUCUCAACUUCGUUGCUAUGCAAUCCACCACCGCACGAUUUCUUACUUCUUUAUGCUAAUUUCCUUAUAUUCUUUUAUUCCUAUUGGGUUUCAACACUUUGAAAAUUUUUGAUCGGUGAAAGAAAGAACCAGAUAUGAGAAGGGCUAAUGGGAAUGAUGGCAGAGAUGUCAACAACACUUUGGACACUAUAAACGCUGCUGCCUUUGCCAUAACAUCAGCCCAGAAUCGCGUUUCUCAACAUGCUCAUCAGAAGAAAAAAUGGGGAAGCUGGUUGAACAUAUCCGGGUGUUUUGGAUACAACAAAAGCCGAAAGCGCAUCGGACAUGCUGUGCUUGUUCCAGAAACAGCACCUAGUGGAGCAGAUCCUGGUGCAGCUGUUAGUUCAACUCAAGUACCUAGCAUAACACUUCCCUUUAUUGCACCUCCCUCAUCUCCUGCAUCUUUCUUUCAAUCAGAACCUCCUUCAACUGCACAGUCACCAGUUGGUAUACUAUCUGUGUCUGCUAGCAUGUACUCUCCUGGUGGCCCUACCUCAAUCUUUGCCAUUGGUCCUUAUGCACACGAAACCCAAUUAGUUUCGCCACCCGUUUUCUCAGCUUCAUCAACUGCUCCUUUCACUCCUCCUCCUGAGUCUGUACACUUGACUACACCUUCUUCCCCUGAGGUUCCAUUUGCUCAGCUUCUUGACACCAACAAUAGGAAUGGUGAGACCUAUCAGAGGUUCCAAGUAUCUCACUAUGACUUCCAAUCUUACCAGUUUCAUCCUGGAAGCCCAGUUGGUCAGCUCAUAUCACCAAGAUCUGCCAUCUCAGCUUCUGGCACCUCAUCUCCUUUCCCUGAUAGUGAAUUUACUGUUGGUGGCUCCCAUAUAGACCCUCCCAAGUUACUUAACUUAGAUAAAUUGUCCACUUAUGAAAACCACAAGUCAAAUCAAGGUUCUGGUUCUCUAACCCCAGAUGCUGUAAGGUCCACAACUCAAGCUGGUUUUCUUCCAAAUCACUGGGUUUCUGAGAUCAAAAUAUCCCCACAUCCAAUGAAUAAUCGCCGGAAUGAGAUUGGUGUAAAUCAUAGGGUCUCAUUUGAAUUAUCUUCCCAGAAAGUAUUAUAUGUGGAAAACAAGCCAGCAACAUCAUCACAUUGGACUAAAGUCGUGUCAAUAUUAAAAAACGAUGCAGCAACAGCAGACAAAGAAGAAAAUUCAAGAGAAACCGGGUGUGAUGACAAACAAGUUGUUGCAGAAACUCCUAAUAAGGAUGCACCUCAGGAAACCAGUUUGGGUGGAGAUGAGGCAACAGUUCAUGAGAAGGAUCAGUCCUUAACACUUUCUUCUGCUAAAGAAUUCAAUUUUGAUAAUGCAGAUGGAGGUGAUUCUCAUGCCCCCAAUAUAGUUGCUGACUGGUGGGCUAAUGAGAAAGUUGCUGGGAAUGAGGGAGGGGCCUCCAAGGAUUGGUCUUUUUUCCCAAUGAUUCAACCUGGUGUCAGCUAACCAACCAAUAAAAGGACUCACAUAGUGACUUCUUGUUCACAGACAUGCUACAAUUUGGCAUUGGAUUUUAAUUUUUUGCCAUGCUGCUUGGCAGAAAAUUCAACAGCACUCCUACUAAAUUGAAUAAUAGUAAAUUAAAGAUUGAGAAGUCUAACACAGUGACGGGGUUCUUUUUUGAACUACAUGGCCCCCCAAAAAAAAAAAAACAGAGGUGUGUUCUCCUCUCCAUAAUAUUAUGUAUGUUGUAGUUCUUAUCAAGUUUGGGGUUAAAAUGUAGCUGUACAUUUUUAGCGUAUGUACCCUCUGUCGAUUUUACAUGUAAUAUAUCGGCAGCUAUUAUAAAUUAAUGAA